AUGGCUGCCAACGCCCCUCCCUCCGCCGAAAUGCUCAGCGGCGCUCAGUCCACCGACAUCGCUCCUCAGUACGACCUUCUACCCCGCCUGAUCCCCUAUCUCGACCGCCACCUGGUUUUCCCGCUUCUCGAGUUCAGCGCCGGCAACGAUGAGGACGACAAUGAAAUCACUCGCGCCAAAUACGAGCUGCUCAAGCACACCAACAUGACCGACUACGUCGCCAACCUGUGGCAAGAGAUCAACAACUCCGACUCCAUUCCCGACGAGUUCGUUAAGAAGCGCGAGGAGGUUCUGGCCAAGCUGCAACACUACCAGGACCAGAGCGAGAAGAUCUCUGAACUUCUCCAAGACGACGAGGUAUUGGGCGGCCUGCGCAGCGACAAGGCUGCUAACUUGCGCUUCCUCGAGGAACAGCACGGUGUCACCAACGAGAUGGUUAACAGCCUGUUCGACUACGGCCGAUUCCAGUACAGCUGUGGCUCUUACGGCAAUGCCGCUGAGCUGCUCUACCAGUUCCGUGUGCUGUCCACCGAUAACGACAAGGUCGCCUCCGCCACCUGGGGUCGCCUGGCUUCCGAGAUUCUGACCACCAACUGGGAGGGUGCCAUGGAGGAGGUGCAGAAGGUCAAGGACUCUAUCGAGACCCGUCUCUUCAACAACCCUCUGGCCCAACUCACCAACCGCUCCUGGUUGAUCCACUGGUCUCUCUUCCCCUUCUUCAACCACGAUGCUGCUCGUGACGUCCUGACCGACCUCUUCUUCUCCCCCGCCUACAUCAACACCAUCCAGACCAGCUGCCCCUGGGUCCUUCGUUACCUUGCCGCCGCCGUCAUCACCAACCGCAGCCGCCCCCACAAGCACAACGGUAUCUACCAGAAGCAAUUGAAAGACCUGAUCCGUGUGGUGCGCCAGGAGGAUUACGAGUACACCGACCCCAUCCUCGACUUCGUCAAGGCUCUCUACGUUGACUUCGACUUCGAGGAGGCCCAAAAGAAGCUGGGUGAGGCCGAGGACGUUCUGCGAAGCGAUUUCUUCCUUGUCUCUGCUGCGGACAACUUCGUUGAGUCUGCCCGUCACCUCAUCUCCGAGAGCUACUGCAAGAUCCACCAGCGGAUCGACAUUAAGGAUCUGUCCACUCGUUUGGGUCUCAGCCAGGACGAGGGUGAGAAGUGGAUCGUCAACCUGAUCCGCGACACCCGUGUCGAUGCCAAGAUCGACUACCAGGAGGGCACUGUUAUCAUGAACCACCCCCCCUCAAUCAGUGUACCAACAGGUCAUUGA